AUGUACGACAAACUCAGCUCUCGUUUCCUCAGUCAGAACCGAUACAUAUGGGCUCCGUCGGCCCCGUCCAAAUUCAAUGGGGCGGACUUGGUCAGUCUGAAUGCCAACGACCUGGGUAUGAUCUUCGCAAUUCAGCGAACGACGUAUGACCGAUACGUCGUUCACCUACUUCGGGCGCAUUUGGGUGGUCGGGUCUUUGCUCGAAUCGCCUGGCUGGCGGAAGAGGCCAACCAGAAGGCGAAGCAAACUCGGAGAAGCAUUGCUAUGGAGGUCGAUUGA